AUGGCCACCACCAAGACGGCAAAGGGUAAGGCUGCAGCGCCCAAGAAUGCUUCAAAAGAUGCCAAGGCUAAGGCCGCGAAGAAGGCCGCUCUCCAGGGCACUCGUUCUCACUCGUCACGAAAGGUCCGCUACUCGGUGUCCUUCCACCGACCAAAGACGCUCCGCCUCGCCCGUGAGCCCAAGUACCCACGGAAAUCGAUCCCCCAUGCACCCCGGAUGGACCAGUUCCGGACGAUUGUUGCGCCUGUGAACACGGAGUCGGCGAUGAAGAAGAUUGAGGAGCACAACACGCUCGUGUUCCUUGUCGACAUCAAGUCGAACAAGCGCCAGAUCAAGGACGCCGUGAAGAAGCUGUACGACGUGCAGGCGGCCAAGAUCAACACUCUCAUUCGGCCGGACGGCAAAAAGAAGGCGUACGUCCGCCUGGCAGCAGAUCACGAUGCGUUGGACGUUGCAAACAAGGUGGGUUAUCUAUAA